CGGAGCGAACCGCCCCACGCAAACCCGCCGCGCAGUCCCUCAAUCCCCCGCCGCAAGAGGGACUGCUCCGAAAGCCCUUCCAAAAAGUUCUACCGUUGCCUAUAUUGCUACGAGCCGAGGGUGACCCGGCGUCGCUCAGUGAAUAUAAUUCUCAAAUCGCGGUUCCAAGGUUCAGCUGUGUCCGGCGCGCGCUUCGCCUCUGCUUCAACCUUCAAGCUUCAGCCCCAUAACGGCUCAGUGUGCAUAGUGUCUAGCUAGUAUAGCAAAAAGCUCAAUCAAGAUGGCAGACCCCAAGGCGCAAGCAACCGAGUUGAAGAAUCAGGGAAACAAGGCAUUUCAGUCCCACGACUGGCCGAAAGCUAUUGAGCUUUAUACUCAGGCCAUCGAGUUGAAUCCGGAAGAGCCGACCCUGUAUUCGAACCGAGCUCAGGCCUACCUGAAGACGGAAGCGUAUGGAUAUGCCGUCGCCGACGCUACCAAGGCGAUCGAGCUGAACCCAGGAUUUGUUAAGGCAUACUAUCGCCGAGCGAUCGCCAAUACGGCCAUACUACGCCCCCGCGACGCUCUCAAGGACUUCAAGUCGUGUGUCAAGAUCGACCCAGGCAACAAAGAUGCCAAGCUCAAGCUGGUCGAGUGCCAAAAGGUGGUGCGCCAACUUGACUUCUAUGCCGCUAUCGAGGUUGGAGACGAGCCGUCGGCUGCCGCUGGCCUCGACGUUGCCUCAAUAGCAGUUGAGCCCGACUACGACGGUGUCAAGCUGGGCGACGAGAUGACACAGGAGUUCAUCGACGACAUGACAGAGCGCUUCAAGACCGGCAAGAAGAUCCACAAGAAAUAUGUUUACCAAAUCAUCAUAGCCGUCAAGGAUAUUGUUUACAACGAGCCUACAAUGGUUGAGGUUGACGUACCCGAGGAUGUAACCCUCACUGUGUGUGGAGAUACCCACGGCCAAUACUUUGACCUUAUGGAGCUCUUCAGGCUCAACGGUACACCAUCAGAGAAGCACUGGUACUUGUUCAACGGAGAUUUUGUCGACAGGGGCUCUUGGUCUACCGAGAUCGCACUGCUUUUGUAUGCGAACAAAUGGCUUCGCCCGAAGCAGUUCUUUCUGAACCGUGGAAACCAUGAGACAGACGACAUGAACCGUGCCUACGGUUUUGAGGGAGAGUGCAAGGCCAAGUACAACGAGAGGACGUUUAAGCUGUUCUCCGAGAGUUUCUCGGCCUUGCCCCUGGCGACUUUGAUCGGCCACAAAUUCUUUGUCCUCCAUGGAGGGCUCUUCUCAGAUGACAAUGUCACCCUGGACGACAUCCGGAAGCUCGACAGGCAUAAGCAGCGUCAGCCAGGCCAGGCCGGUCUGAUGAUGGAGAUGCUAUGGACGGAUCCUCAGCCAGAGCCAGGCAGAGGCCCAAGUAAGCGUGGUGUGGGCAUGCAGUUUGGUCCUGACGUCACUGCCAGGUUCUGUGAAAAGAACGGCCUCGAGGCCAUCAUCCGAAGCCACGAGGUGCGCAUGGAUGGUUACGAGGAAGAGCACAACGGAAAGUGUAUCACAGUUUUCUCGGCACCAAAGUACUGCGACAUGACGGAAAACAGGGGCGCUUACAUCAAUAUCAAAUCCGAUUACAAGUUGCAAUUCCACCAAUUCGACGCGGUCCCGCAUCCCAACAUCAGGCCAAUGGCCUAUGCACAAAAUUCGCUCAUGUCUUCGUUGAUGUGAGAAGGCAGUCGUGUAUCUUGUACAGCCUCAUUGAUCGAUGGGGCUACUGGAUCCUUCGCUUGCAUAGACCAAAAAAGAUAUCGUUGGUAGCAUUUCCCCGGGCGUUAUCUUGGUUCUCAGGUUUGGCGUGUGGCGUUUAAUGGUGGUUGGAGAAAGGUCUCUAAAGCCAGAUGGGCUUGCCGAAGUCUGUAGCAUAGCCUUGACGAAUACACAAAACCGCUGGGUGGUGUUUUCACUCCAACGAAAUGGUAAAAUGGGAUUCGGUAGCCAAGUUGGGUCGAUACCGCGACAGCCGGCGUGUUCCAUUCGUCCUUUCAAGAGGCGCCGAUACAUUACGAAAUCCACAGUGACUGCUGCUCACUCCUCC